CAUUUCACGCACUGUGCUCCGGAUAUGAAAGGCACGCAGGCGUGAGACGGAAGUGAAGCAGUUGGAGGGAAACGGCGGUCAGUUUGGGAUUUGAAUCUGUUAGUACUACUUCGAAAAUCUGCAAACAUCUACAAUAAUAUGGCAGACCCAAAGGACAAGGAAGAACACGACAUUCCUGCAGACAGUGCAGAAGAGCCCAACCACGACCCCCAGUUUGAGCCCAUAGUAUCUCUUCCUGAGCAGGAUGUUAAGACACUAGAGGAGGACGAGGAGGAGCUCUUCAAAAUGUACGUUCUCUAUACAUUUUUUUUUUUUAAAUUGGGAACGAUCCGCCUGCUGAUGAGGAGAGACAAGACCCUGAAGAUCUGUGCUAACCAUCACAUUGUGCCCACUAUGGAGCUGAAGUCCAACGCGGGCAGUGACAGGGCGUGGGUGUGGAACACAUUAGCGGACUACGCUGACGAAAGUCCCAAACCCGAACUACUGGCAAUAAGAUUUUUAAACGCAGAAAAUGCCCAGAAGUUCAAGGCAAAGUUUGACGAGUGCAAAGAGGAAGUCCGUAAACAAAAGGGAGACACGGGUGAGUGGAAAGACCCUCAAUUUGUCCCAUCUUUUUUUCCUUUUUUUUUGACAUCUGAUUGGCUCAGCAGGAGGACGAUAAAUCCAACACUUUGUUAUAGGACAAUUACAUUUUUCUUAAGAUCCAGCUGUCUGUACGAAACCACUGAGUGGGCAGCAUUUGACCCGUGGGCCUUAUGUUUGACACAUAAUUUAAAGUAAUAUUUUUGGGCCUGAAACUACUAAAAGUCUGUUGACCUUCACCUGACCCCAGGUGUCGGC